AUGAAACGCUUUUAUUCGAUUAGCGAAAGCUUUCUGCAGGAAUUACUGCUAUCGGCUGCCUUAAAAUGCCAAAAAUGGUUAAACCACCAAGUUCCCACACCACAUUGCGCACCCAAGUAUAGCGUGUUCUUGAAUUUCAGAGGAAGAGACACUCGCCAUAACUUUGUUCAUUCUUUAUACGAGACUCUAUGUUCUACCGGGAUAACAGCGUUCCAGGAUGACAAGAGUGUGAAGAAAGGGGACCCGAUUGGGCGGGAGCUAUUUCGUGCCAUUGACGAGUGCCGGAUUGCCAUUGUAAUCCUCUCCAAAAACUAUGCGGCUUCGGAAUGGUGUUUAGAAGAGCUUGUGAAGAUCAUGAAACGCAAGAAACGGCUAACCAUUUUCCCAGUCUUUUAUGAUGUCCGCCCUUCAGAGGUCCGGAACUUAAGAGGGAGCUUCGCUAGAGCCUUUGCUGAACAUGAGAGAAACUAUGAGAGUAAACCCAGAAAGGUGGAGAAGUGGAAAAAAGCCCUUUGUAAAGCAGCAGGGAUAUCAGGAUUUGACCUACGCAAUUACAACGGAGAUGAGUCGAAAUGCAUCCAGGAUAUAGUGGAAGAAGUGUGCAAAAAACUGGGAGCUACAGGGAGGGAGAAAUAUGAGGGAAGAAAAACAGUAGGGAAAUGCAAGCAAAAACCAAAACUUAGAAAACAAAAAAGGGUAAAAUCUCAAACCAGACCACAUUGGCGGCCUAACAAAUUGGGCAGGACAAUGGUUGCCCGCCCGGAGGAGACGCCGGGUAGAACAGCAGCACAAAUGGGCCGGACAGCGGUUUACCCACACACCACAAUUUCGAGUAUGUAUUCUUGUGACAAAAAGGUAGUAGAUUUCGAAACAGAUAUAGGAGUAGCUAAGGAUUUACAGUCUGUCAUACCAGCACAUUUCAAAAUAUCUAUCAUGUAUCCCUUUGGGAAAGUAAAAUUCCAUCACCACACUUAA